AUGGAUUGGUCGAUUACACUCCCCCCAAACUCUUAUAUACACAAAUUAAUAUCAUCACACACAGAUAACAUUGAAGAAUUGUGUAAUAGUGCCAAAUUGGUCCCAAAAUUGACAAGUGAAUUGGAUUCCACAUUUAUAUAUUAUAGGGGUGUAGUUUUACAGAAUCUUUCGUUUGAAUUUUACAAAAAUGAAGAAGGGGAAGCAUACCAAACUAGAUAUCCUUUUUACCUAACUAUGCCAGUCUGUCUAACUCAGUUUUCUUACAAUUACAAAUUCAAAAACAGCGAUUAUCAAUUUACACAAACAGACACUGCAAUACCACACUGUAUUGCCAUGUUUUAUGUGAAUCCCAAUGACAAGAAUUCUAUACUAAUUAAUGAUACUGUGCACGUAGCAGGUGUAUGCCAAUACCAGAAAACUCAAUUACCGAUAAUACAUAUUUUCGCCUAUAAAAUCGCGAACUACAAUAUCAUGCCAUCCCUAUGUUUCCUCAAGUCUGAUUAUCAGUCAUUAGUCAAUUUCGUGUCUAGUGAACUAGGUGACGAUCUGUUGGCUGAAUAUGUAAUUUUGUUACUGGGAAUGCCCCAAAAGGGCGAUAGCAAGCCUCUGAGCCUAUUAAUUACCAGAAAGGACAUGGCAUGCGACGAGCGUUUGAUUAAAACCCUGCAAUAUCUAGUUGAGUAUGUGAAGUAUAUCGAUAGUUACACUGAGCCUAUGCACUCCACGAUGGAUUAUGAACAAACUCCAGAGAUUUUGGUGCCCGGGCAAUUGCAAUUAGGAAAUGGUACUGCACUUGUCAUCAAUUUGGACAAUAUACCAGUAGAAUCAAUGGAUUCAAUUGAUAAUUUAUUAAAUGGGAAAGUUGACUAUCACUUUGGCCCAUCACUUUAUCAAAUAAGGACUAAGCUUAGAACUAUUUUAACCACAAAUAACGAAGAUACAAAUCAAUUACCCCCCGCCAGUUUAUAUAUAAAAUACAAAUGCGAACAAAACACUUCACCAAAAAUUACAGUGCCUUCGGAUUACAAAUAUAUACAACUGAUAGACAAGGCUUGGACAUCGCCUUUCCGAGUCGAUAUCCCUAAUGAAGUUGAACAGUUGAUGAUAGAUUCCUGGAUUCAAAAUAGGGAAGUCGCUAACAUUGACGAUUUCAACACUUGGGUAUCCCUCAGUCGCACCUUGUGCUAUUUGCAUGGAGAUGAUAUUGUAACGGAUCAACAUUGGAAUCACAUUUUAGCGUUGGAAUGUAAUAGGAGAGAACGUAUCUCAUUAAAAAGUGUUUAA